GUCAUGUGAUUUCCAGUAACUGCAGAGAGGGGGAGGAGCCUCCAGUGAAAGUGAAAGUGUUCAGACUCGUUCUAACUUCAGGGAGCAGACGGAGGAGACGUGAAGUCUGAGGCUGACUGAAGAUGAGUGAUUAUGAGGAGGAAGAGGACAGAGCAGAGUCUCCAGGGUUCAGCUGUCUGUCUCUGAAGAGUGAUCGGUCCAUGGCUCAACCUCUAAACUUCAGUAAUGAACCUGGACCCUCACACACAAAAGGUCAGGACCACAGACUGAGAGCAGAGUCUCCAGGGUCCAGCUGUCUGUCUCUGAAGAGUGACUGGUCCAUGGACACUCCUCUAAACUUCUGUAAAGAACCUGGACCCUCACACACAGAGGAGAGGAAGAGGAGUCAUGUUUCUGAGGAGGAGCAGUCGUCCUGCUGUGCUUCGUGUCAGGACGUCCUGAAGGAUCCAGUCUCCACCAGCUGUGGACACUGGUUCUGCAGACAGUGCAUCACCUCAUACUGGGACCAGUCUGGUUCUUCAGGAGACUCCUCCUGUCCCCAGUGUGGACAAAGAUCCAGAACAGGAGCUGGAGGUCAGACAGCCGAUCCUGGUCUGCAGGAGGUUUCAGAUGAACAUAAGCUCAGUGUGAGGAGGAGAUGUGAACAUGUGACUGAAGGAAGUGAUGAAACAGGAAGUAGAACCCUCCUCAACAGGAUCUACACUGAGCUCUACAUCACAGAGGGACAGAGUGAAGAGGUUAAUACUCAACAUGAGGUGAGGCAGCUUGAGACGGCUUCCAAGAAGAAGAUCCUCCAGGACACUCCCAUCAAGGUCCACGACAUCUUUAAAGCCUCCACUGACCAGCAGAGCAGCAUCAGAGUCGUCCUGACCAACGGCGUCGCUGGCGUUGGAAAAACCUUCUUGGUGCAGAAGUUCACUCUGGACUGGGCAGAGGGUUUAGAGAACCAGGAUGUGGGUCUGCUGGCUGUGCUUUCGUUCAGGGAGCUGAACCUGGUGAAGGACCAGCAGCACAGUCUUCUCACGCUGCUCCAUGUUUUCCAUCCAGCGUUACAGAAGCUCACUGCAGAGACGCUCGCUGUCUGUAAACCUUUGUUCAUCUUUGACGGCCUGGAUGAAAGCAGACCUUCUCUGGACUUCAACCACAGGGAGCUUGUGUCUGAGGUCACACAGAGGUCAUCAGUCAACGUGCUGCUGACAAACCUCAUCCGAGGGAAUCUGCUUCCCUCGGCCCUCGUCUGGAUAACCUCCAGACCUGCGGCGGCCAAUCAGAUCCCUCCUUCAUGUGUUGACAGGGUCACAGAAGUACGAGGCUUCACUGACGCCCAGAAGGAGGAGUACUUCAGGAGGAGAUUCAGUGAUGAAGAGCUGUGCAGCAGAAUCAUCUCACACAUCAAGACGUCCAGGAGCCUCCACAUCAUGUGUCAAAUCCCAGUCUUCUGCUGGAUCAGUGCUACAGUUCUGGAGCACAUGUUGACCACAGACCAGAGAGGAGAGCUGCCCAAGACCCUGACUGACCUGUACUCACACUUCCUGCUGGUUCAGACAAAGAGGAAGAACAUCAAGUACGGUGAGGGACAUGAGACGACUCCACAGCAGCUGACGGAGACUGACAGGGACGUUCUCCUGAAGCUGGGGAGGCUGGCACUUAAACAUCUGGAGGAAGGAAACAUCAUGUUCUACCAAGAAGACCUGGAGCGGUGUGGUCUUAAUGUCACAGAGGCCUCGGUGUACUCAGGAGUUUGUACUGAGAUCUUCAGAAGAGAGUGUGUGAUCUUCCAGAAAUCAGUCUACUGCUUUGUUCAUCUGAGCGUUCAGGAGUUUCUGGCUGCAGUCUACACGUUCCACUGUUACACCAAGAGGAACACAGGAGAACUCAACAACUUCUUGGGAAGAUAUGGGGAGGCAGACUGGACCUCCUCACUGUAUGACCUCCUGAAGAGAACCAUGAAGAAAUCCCUCUUCUUUGGAACAUAUGGGGACACAGACAGUACCUUAUCCCUGGAUGACCUCCUGAAGAGAACCAUGGAGAAAUCCCUCACCAGUACAAAUGGUCAUCUGGACCUGUUUGUUCGCUUCCUUCACGGCCUCAGUCUGGAGUCCAACCAGAGAGUCUUAGGAGGCCUGCUGGGUCGGACAGAGAACAAUCCAGAGAUCAUCCAGAGAGUCAUCAACAACCUGAAGAAGAUGCAGAGUGGUGACAUUUCUCCUGAUAGAAGCAUCAACAUCUUCCUCUGUCUGACUGAGAUGAACGACCACUCAGUUCAUCAGCAGAUGAAACAGUUCCUGACGUCAGAGAACAGAUCAAAGGAGGAACUCUCUGAGAUCCAUUGCUCAGCUCUGGCCUACAUGAUGCAGAUGUCAGAGGAGGUUCUGGAUGAGUUGGACCUGGAGAAGUUCAACACAUCAGACCAGGGUCGAUGGAGACUGAUCCCAGCUGUGAGGAACUGCAGGAAGGCUCGACUCGGUGGUUGUCGACUCUUAGAGACUCACUGUGAAGUCGUGGCCUCAGCUCUGAAGUCAGACCCCUCACAUCUGAGAGAACUGGAUCUGAGUGAAAACGAGCUACAGGAUUCAGGAGUGAAGCUGCUGUGUUCUGGACUGGAGAGUCCAAACUGUCGACUGGAGACUCUGAGGUUGAAGGACUGCAGUCUGUCAGAUAUCAGCUGUUCUUCUCUGGCUUCAGCUCUGAGGUCAAACCCCUCUCAUCUGAGAGAACUGGAUCUGAGAGACAACAACCUGCAGGACUCAGGAGUGAAGGAGCUGUGUUCUGGACUGGAGAGUCCAAACUGUCGACUGGAGACUCUGAGGUUGAGUUGCUGCAGUCAGUCAGAGAUCAGCUGUUCUUCUCUGGCUUCAGCUCUGAGGUCAAACCCCUCUCAUCUGAGAAAACUGAAUCUGAGUGAGAAUGACCUGAAGGACUCAGGAGUGAAGGAGCUGUGUGGUUUUCUACAGAGUCCAACCUGUCGACUGGAGACUCUGAGGUUGAGGAACUGCAGCCUGUCAGAGAUCAUCUGUUCUUCUCUGGCUUCAGCUCUGAGGUCAAACCCCUCUCAUCUGAGAGAACUGGAUCUGAGAGGAAACAACCUGCAGGACUCAGGAGUGAAGGAGCUGCUUGAUCUACAGCAGAGUCCAACCUGUCGACUGGAGACUCUGAGGUGGAGAUGGUAUGACUGAAGGUGAGUGUGAAGAGGACAGUGUGUGUGGACGGAGGCUGAGCUGUGUCCUGAGGAUCCAGAGGCUGAAGCAGCAGCAGCUUGUGUGUAGUCUCCAAAUCUACACAACCCCUAAUCUGCAUGUGUUUGUGAGAUGAAGCCGGAGCACCUGGAGAAAACACGGGGAGAACAUACAGACUCCACACAGGAAAACCCCAUCUGAACCGGAUUCAAACCAGCAACCUUCUUACCCCGAUUGUGUUUAUUCACAUGAAGAAUGUGUUUAUUGAAAUGACACAACACAAGCAAAAUAUAUAACCCCUCUAUAAAGAGUCACAUACAGUGUGUUUACGUUUGUCUUUAUUAUUGUCCACCUUUGUCCCUCAGUGUGUCUCCAUGUGUGUAGAACCACAUUCUGUGUAUAUGUUUGUUUAUGAUCUUAAAGUUCCUGGAUUCACGUCACAAAUUGAUUUAGUUCAACACAAAGUUCAACACAUUGAAAUCACUUUGAGUUUAAAAUCAGAGUUUUGUCUUUGACACAAAAGAUCAAAUCUCUGGACUUAAAAAUGGGACGUUUUCAUUUCUGCAUCAGGUGCAGAGCGGUGGUGGCUUUUCUACUUUUGACCCACAGGUGGCGCUGCAGUAUAACAGCAGCACAUCCCAGUCAAAGCCUUUAUAUUCAGUCUAUGAGUCAAACACAUGGAUCAUUUCCUCUGUGACAAACCAGAUGUAACGAGAAGAAAAACAUCUCAGAGAGAAAAGUUCUGUUUCUACUUGUCUCUGCUUUAAUGCUCAAUAAACAUCCUUCCACCGA